AAGGGGCUUUAGUCUGGACAAUGAAUCACACAUACCCCCUCCCGGAAAGGCUGCAGCAAGGCAGCUUGUCUCAUUCUAAAGCCACCUCCUCAGAGUCCUGGAAAUCAUUGAGCUUCUGUGGGGGAGGGAGGCCUGAUCACUUGAAUGGACAUAUCAAGCAGGUGCACACUUCUGAGCGGCCUCACAAGUGUCAGACCUGCAACGCUUCCUUUGCCACCCGAGACCGUCUGCGCUCCCACCUGGCCUGUCACGAGGACAAAGUGCCCUGCCAGGUGUGCGGGAAGUACUUGCGGGCGGCGUACAUGGCGGACCACCUGAAGAAGCACAGCGAGGGGCCCAGCAACUUCUGCAGCAUCUGUAACCGAGGUUUCUCCUCUGCCUCCUACUUAAAGGUCCAUGUUAAAACCCACCACGGUGUUCCCCUUCCCCAGGUCUCCAGGCACCAGGAGCCCAUACCGAAUGGGGGAGCAGCGUUCCACUGCGCCAGGACCUAUGGCAACAAAGAAGGCCAGAAAUGCUCACAUCAGGAUCCGAUUGAGAGCUCCGACUCCUACGGUGACCUCUCGGAUGCCAGCGACCUGAAGACGCCGGAGAAGCAGAACACCAACGGCUCUUUCUCCUGCGACAUGGCGGUCCCCAAAAACAAAAUGGAGUCCGACGGGGAGAAGAAGUACCCCUGCCCCGAAUGCGGGAGCUUCUUCCGUUCCAAGUCCUACUUGAACAAACACAUCCAGAAGGUGCAUGUCCGGGCUCUCGGGGGCCCCCUGGGGGACCUGGGCCCCGCCCUCGGCUCACCUUUCUCUCCCCAGCAGAACAUGUCUCUCCUCGAGUCCUUCGGGUUUCAGAUUGUGCAGUCGGCGUUCGCCUCGUCUCUGGUAGAUCCCGAGGUUGACCAGCAGCCCAUGGGGCCAGAGGGGAAGUGAGGCAGAGGCUGCAUCCCUGUGGGGAUGGCUGUCCGGGGACUGCUGAGAAAUGCUGUGAAUGCGGAGGGAAGUGAUGUCUUUGGGUUCUGUAGCUGAGAGGUUUUUAUUCGUUUUACCC